UAACUUGUAUGUUUCGUUCUUCAUCUCCUGGUAUAUCGUCCUUAUUGGUAAGUAAAUCCAAUUGUAAGCAAAUAUCAUCAAUCGAAGAGGGUGAGUGGUGGGAGUUGGCUAAUUAAUGGAGGGGUUGGAAUUGGAUGGAGUAAUAGGUAGGUUGUUAGAAGGGAGAAAGAAUAGAGGGAAGAAGAUUCAGCUGGCGGAGUCCGAGAUUCGCCAUCUUUGCAUCAACGCCAAGGAUGUCUUCCUCAGCCAGCCUAACCUCUUGGAGCUUGAAGCUCCAAUUAACGUUUGUGGAGACAUACAUGGCCAGUACCCAGACCUCCUACGACUGUUUGAGUAUGGUGGUUUUCCACCUGACGCUAACUAUUUAUUCCUUGGAGACUAUGUGGACAGAGGAAAGCAAAGUGUAGAGACCAUAUGCCUUCUCCUAGCUUAUAAGAUCAAGUUCCCUGAUAACUUCUUCCUUCUGAGAGGAAACCAUGAAUGUGCUUCCAUUAACCGAAUCUAUGGAUUCUAUGAUGAGUGCAAACGGCGCUUUAGCAUUCGCCUAUGGAAAGUAUUCACGGAUUGCUUCAACUGUUUGCCAGUGGCUGCAGUAAUUGACGACAAGAUCCUAUGCAUGCACGGUGGGCUUUCACCAGAUAUGGAAAGCUUGGAUCAGAUUAGAGCUAUAGAAAGGCCAGUUGAUGUGCCUGACCAGGGUCUCUUGUGCGAUCUCCUCUGGGCUGACCCUGAUAGAGACAUAAAAGGUUGGGGUGAGAACGAUCGAGGUGUUUCCUAUACAUUUGGGGCCGACAAGGUGUCUGAGUUCUUGAAGAAACAUGACUUAGACCUCAUAUGCCGGGCUCACCAGGUGGUUGAAGAUGGUUAUGAAUUCUUCGCAGAUAGGCAACUGGUAACCAUAUUCUCUGCACCUAAUUAUUGCGGAGAAUUCAACAAUGCCGGUGCACUGAUGAACGUGGAUGCAAGUUUGCUCUGCUCUUUUCAGAUUCUGAAGCCGUAGGCGUAGAGAUUGGAAGACAGAAUUUCUGGAAUUAAAAUGUAAAAAAAAAAAAAGCUCUAAAGCAACUGCUGAAAUUUCAGAGCCAAAAAGGGCAUUGUGGUUGGGAUAACCUAUGGUUUGUGUAUCAUUGUGAAGUGCAUGGGCUCGUGUGAAAAGUUCUGAGUCAAAAUUCUUUGCGAGAAUCCAGCAAUAAACAUCCUUAAUUAAUUUCUUUCCUUUAGUAGAGGAGUAGCCUGGUCAUGUAACUCGUAACAAACAAUCAAGCGUGGGAGUUCUGGCUGUGUACAUUAUAGGUGAAAUUCUUUGUUUUACAAUGACAAAUAAAAUAGGCCUCUUCCAAACAAAUAUUUGUUUCGAAUAUGUUAUUU